CGUAUAUAUAUAAAAUUUUGAAUGCGUUGAGCCGACACUUUUAGACUUGAACUAACCAACAAAUGCAUGACAAGUGACAUUAUCUUGCAAUUUACUAUUUACUUUUACUCAUAGUCAUAAAAACUAAUUAUAAUGUAUCAGAUUCUACUUUAAAUUUUUUAAUGAAAUUAAAUUUUCUCAAAACACAAAAGCAAAUUUUCUUGAAAUGCAAAAAUAGAACUUUAAUAAAGGUUUUCCAGCAUAAAUCUAGUUUGCCUGUAGGAAAGUUUGAAAUAAUAGUAGCAGAGCCGCAAAAGCUGGAAUCAGAUUCCAAUCAUAACCUUCUUUAAGUUCAUUAAAGUCUUUAUCUUUGAACAGCUUUUUAAGCCUUAGCUGUUCUCUGUUUACCAGUAAACAAAUUGUGGGGUACAAUUAGCAUGAGUUGAUAACCUGUAUAACUAACUAUUUUCCAACUCUACCUAAUUCAUUUGUAAAUUAUGACAAAAAAUCCUCAACAGUUAUUUUUCCUUUCCAAUUCACCAAUUAUAUGAACACCUUAUUUUGACUCUUCAUUCUCUAUUUUCUAUAUAAAUCAAGCCACACUUUCUUCUUCCAGCAAGAUUGUGUGCUCAAUUAACACCAGCAAAACAAUUUUCUCUGCACCUCACAACGAUUUCUGAGUACCAAUCGCCAAUCAAAUGGCAAUUCAAAGGAACUCAAUGAGUCUUGUUUUUGUUGCGUUGGCGAUGAUCUGGACAGGAGCUGCAGCUCAAUCAAGCGAUGACUGCACGAAUGUGUUGGUUAGUAUGUCGCCAUGCUUGAAUUACAUCACGGGGAACUCUUCAUCGCCGUCCUCAGGAUGCUGCACGCAGCUUGGCACGGUGGUUAAGAACAACCCCGUAUGCUUGUGCCAGGUCCUCAAUGGUGGUGGUUCCAACCUUGGACUCAAUAUUAACCAGACUCAAGCUCUAGCUCUUCCUACUGCUUGCAAAGUUCAGACUCCAUCAGUCAGCAAAUGCAAUGCCGGCUCCCCGAAUAGCUCUCCUGCUGGAACACCAAAUUCUCCUGGUACAGAAGCUUCAGGGCGUGGAUCUGUACCAUCAUCAGAAGGCGGUUCCAGUGAUGCAACUUUAACCAAGAUGAUCGGUCUUCCUUUCUUCUUCCUUCUUUUCAUUAGUUCUUAUGCUUCAACAUUCACCACCGCGUAACUCGGGAUUAUCAGGCUUUGGGAUCAUAUCAGAAGUCAACUUUCCCAUAGAGACUGAUUUUUUAUUGUAUUUUUGUCUUGUUUUAGUUCCUCUGCAAUUAUUGUCUCUGCAGAUAUAUAUUCAAUACAUAUAUUCAACUUUUCAA